CCUGGCUACUACCCCGGUAGUUAGUGGUUGGGUUUCGGUCAAAUUGGUAUGUAUCCAAACCUGCCCCACGCUCAGGAAGUUGGGGCAGGACCAUCACAAGGGCGAAGAGCAGAUGGGGGUUAGCCUCAGCACGCUCUUCCAUCACAAGGUAAUAAAGUUCAAAACCAAUUUCAGGGACAAGGACAUGGCCAAGGAUACGGUGAGGGUAGAAAUGGAGGAAGAGGAAAUAGCCAUGGAGGAAGAGGAUUCGGAGGAAGAGGAAAUGGUGCACAAGGUGGGAAUUGGGAAAACCAAGAAGGAAAUCAGGCUGGAAACUACAAUCUGAGCAGGACACUUCGCGAGUGUUCGACUAACAACGGCGACGGCGACAGCGGAGCGAGAGGGAAAGCGAGACGGUGAUGAGGUGGAAGAUGGAGGGGUGGCAUCUGCCGCGAGGCGGAAGGCCACGUCGAGCGGAGGCGGAAUGAGGCGUCGAGCGAAGGCGGAAGGCGGCGUCGAGCGGAGGCGGAAGGCGGCAUCGGGCGGAGGUGGAAGGCGAAAGAUGGGGGCGGAGGCACCCGCGGUGAGGGUGGAAGGUGGCGGGGUUGGGGCUGCAGCUGCGGCGAGGGCGAAAGAGGGGGUGGAGCUGAUGGUGAUGGUCAUGAAGGGGGACAAGGAGUUUGUGGUGGAGAUCCCUCCGGUGGCGGUGGGGGUGUCGGCGAGGGCAGGGGGGUAAACGGGGGAGGGGAGUCCGAGAGCGGUGGAUUUGGGUGUUGUGUUGUGUGGCAUGCGCUCCCCUUUGAA